AUGAGCCGCCCGCAUUCCGUCCUCGAUGUCCAGGACUGGCCGCUUCCUCCGGGGCGCCGCGAAAGUACCGUCUCGUCGUCCACGCAGUCCUCGGGAGCUCUGAGCUUUGCGUCCCUUCCUCUUCAUCCGCCUCCUAGUCCUGUUACGUCCUCUACGGGGUCCCGAUCACGGCAGCCGUCGUGCCAUUCUCUGUCCGACGAGGUGGUCCGGCUGACGUUUAAUCCUGCGGUGACCAUUUCCUUCGUGCGGCAUAACAAGGUCUUCCGACUCCGAUACGCCUUUAUCGACAUUCGCAAGGACCCCAGUGGCAGUUUGAAGUCGUUGGAGCUGGGUGGUGGUGUCGGCCAGCAAACUCCCUUCGUGCAUACUUUCCAUACGACCAAACUGCCCGUUCCUCAUCUCGAACACCCCAAACUACCGCACGAAGCAUCCCUUCGAAUUUCUUUUCUAGAAGAACAGACCGUUCAGACGGCACACACUGUUUUCGUCACCCAAAUAUCUUAUAUAUUUGAAGAUUGGAAUGACUGCGUUCAAUUCCAAGAGCUGAUCCUGGCAUCGAGACUAGUCUUCAUUGCCGGGAUCGCCGAGGCAAAAUCCAAAGGCCGCGGGGAGGAAUGCAUCAGUCAGAAUCUGCGCGUUUUACAAGGUCCCAAUGGCAAGCAAGUGAUGUUGCUGUUUGCCAAUUCGCAACGCAAGGAACUCAAACGCUAUAUCUCCAUCCCUGUGACGUGCAUUGAAAGUCUCAAUCCAGGAAAGAAGGCCGGGCGACCAGUGGUGCUGCAGCUAUCGCCUAACUUCGACCUUCUCGCCCAGAUGAAAACACUACAGAUCCAAUUCCUCGACGACGAAGAUCGCAAAUCCUUCUGCCAAUUCGUAGCAGAGAACACAAAUUAA